AUGGUCCGGACUGUCGCUGAUGUGCAGAAGCCUUUGCCGGCUCCAGACCUCUCCCCCGAAAACUGGGUGAGCACAGUAGGGCCCAACGGGCGGAGGUAUUGGCAUAAUCUCGCACUGGGCCCGGCGCCUUGGGAGGAGUCGGAGGCUUCGCCGUCCUCGCCCAGCCUUCCCAGCCCCGACGAGGUGCCUAGCGGCUGGAUCUACCGGGAAGGUGCAGACGGCCGGCGGUUCUGGCACCACGCUGACCUGGGCCCUCCGCCCUGGGAGCUUCCCGCUGCGCAGGAUACGUUUGCAGUUUGUCGCAGGCUUCCGAAGGACCUGCGAACGGCGGAGGCGCAGGGUGACGCAAAAGGAAAGGGAAUGCUGAGCAGAGAGCGGUCAGAGCCAGGAGUUCAGCCGCGGCUCGGCCGGAGGCCCGCCGGGCUCAUGGACUCGGGCGGCUCUCCACAAGUGGGGCCCGUGCCCGGCAUCGAAUCGCGUCGCGUGUCGGCGCGCGAAAGAGUCCCAGGCCAGGUUCUCGUGCCCUAUGCCAAACGGACAAAGCCGGACGAUGAUGGGGAGGAGAUUAUCAGGCAUGACAGGAUGCCUGAGGAUACCCCGAUGGAGCUUGUUGAUGACGUGAAGGUGCGGCUCAUGCUUGAACAAGACGGCCUCCGGCUCCAGGACAUGCCCAGGGUCGUUCGUGCUCAUCCGAAAUAUGUGGAGGUCGCCGUUCGGCAGAAUGGCUUCGCCAUCGCAUUCGCCAGUCCCGAACUGCAGGUGAAUGUGCCGAUCAUCGAGGCCGCCUUGACUCAAUCUGGCGAAACACUGGAACUGCUUGCAGACGAGUUCCGGGCACAAGAGGAGCUUGUCCUGGCAGCUGUGCACCAAAAUGGCUGCAGCCUUCAGUUUGCUUCUGCUGAGCUUCGAGCUGAUCCUGAUCUUUGCCUCGAGGCCGUCGGGCAAAACUGGCAAGCCAUCGAGUACUGCGAUCCCGUGCUGUACACCAACAGGGAUUUCAUGUCAAAGGCUGUCACUGCGAGCUGGCGCUGUCUCUCCUUCGCCCACCCGGACCUCUGCAACGACAGAGCAGUGGUACAGGUUGCCCUCAGGCAGAGCUGGCUGGCCUUGGCCCACGCCAGCGAGUUCUUGCGAAGGGACCGGAGUUUGGUGGAGGAGGCCUUGGACCGCGGCGCAUGGCAGGUCAUGCUCCACACGGAUGCAGCCCUUCAGAACGAUCGCAGCCUCGUGCUGAAAGCGCUGAGAAGAUCCGGGCACGCGCUGCAAUGUGCGUCGCCGCAGCUGCAGGAUGACGAAGAGCUGGUGAGGGAAGCCUCUCAACGUGAGCCGCUAGCGCUGGAGCAUGCUUCGGAGCGGCUUCGCGAUCGUGAGGACCUGGUCCUGCCGGCGCUCCGGAUGGAUCGCUGUGCGCUGAGCUAUGCCUCUGAGCGAUUGAAAGGGGACUCCGAUUUCAUCAUGCGCUGCGUCCAGAUCAAUGGGAUGUCCGUGGAAUUUGCUUCGGAUGCUCUCCGGGCGAACGAAGACAUACUGCUGGCCGCAGUUAAACAAGACUGGCGCGCGGUGAACUUCGCGCCUUCUGACCUACAGAGCAAACUGACCUGA